AUGUUCUUCCUUGUCCUCGUGUUGGAGAUGGAGUCUCUCUCGGUUACAUACACAAUCCUUACCGCUCGCUCGGAACUGCCCCACGUCGGCCACAUACCAAAAGCCAAGGCAAUCAUGCCUGCACCAAUUGCUCGUCAGCAUGUGAGGACAGGGUGUCGGACCUGCAAAACCCGAAAAGUGAAAUGCGACGAGGCCAAGCCAGCUUGUAAGCGAUGCAUUUCCUCGCGGCGUGUCUGCGGUGGCUACGACAAUGCGACCCUAACAUGGUAUCGGCCUGCUCAGAUUGUUGCUCACGACCAGAGAGAAGGACAAAUGUUCCAGUUCUUCACAGAAAUAGUCAGCCCCAGUCUCUCGGGCUCAAUGGAUUCAUACUUCUGGACUCACUUGGUUAUGCAAUUCAGCCAUUUUCAGCCCAUGGUGCGCCACGCAGUCCUUGCUAUCGGUUCACUCUAUCAGGACAUUUACAAAUGCGGCCGCAUUCAGCAGAGCACCUUUGCUGUUGAUCAUUACAACAAGGCAUUGAAACUAGCCGCCGUAUUAGUGGACAAUGAGCAACUGAUAUUGCUGCUUUGCGUCUUGUUUAUCUGUAUCGAAUACUUGCAAGGCAACAUCGACGCUGCCGUUCAGCACGCCCGAUAUGGAAUUGCGAUUCUUAACGAGUCAUCAUGUCCUCCUCUCAUUUCCAUGUUCGGAAAUACCGAGUCCAUGUGCAUCCCAAAGAUGAGGGGGCUGGAUCCAUCGAUGCCAGCAACGUAUGCUAGUGUUUCAGAAGCUCAAGCUGCGAUCGAUAGUCUGACGGCCCAGGUAUUGGGUGUCAUGCUUGGCAGUUAUGAUGUCGAAAAGUACAAGCUCGCGAUUAUGAUGGAUAAGUGGGAUUGCCGAGUACACAAACUAGAGGCUACAACUCCCAUCUCGUUGAUGGAUGGCUACGCUAUAUGCGGUAUGCGCAUCAAACAUCAAAUCGCAAAGAUUCAUCUUGAGACCCCCAGGCAACACACUGAGCUCUGGUUCGACCAAUAUCUGAAUGCUUUCCAGUACGUCGUAGACUUAGCUGGAAAAGCAUCACAGCUUAGGACCCUGAUGCAGCGGCAGCACACAUCUCAAUCUGGGACCCCCUUAUUUACUUUUGAGGCAUGCUUUUUGCCUCUGCUCUUCUUUUGGAUGGCGCAAGUUGGUCUAGUGAAAGAGGGACUAUUCGAUGCCAGUACCUUAUACCAAGUUCUACGCCAACUCAUCGAGGUGGAGCAUAAUAUCUCUCUGGAUGGGGUCGAUCACAAUCCUACUUACAACCGAGACCAGCCUCCUGAUCGAUCUAGGAGUGGAAAUCUGCCUCCAGAAGAGAAAAGAAUAUUUGCUGUCUCUAUAAAGCACAAAUUAGAGGUUAUCUCCAAUAAGCAGCAGGACAACCCCAGCUAUCGAAGACAAGUUCGCUUCCACAUGAGGACUUCUGAGGGUCAAGUGUAUGCUCAGAAAGGAUACAUCAAUGGCACCCUGUAA